GCCGAGGAAUCUAACAAAUGAGUAUAAACCAAUUCCAAUACCCCUGAAUAUCCUCUGAAGUUAUUUCCCUUUUACUUACUCCUAUUUUCUGCGAUCCUCCGGUGGAUUUUCUACUUUGGAUUGAAGAAUUGAUAAUUCAAGAAUCAAAGCAUGCUCUCGUUGCAGAGCGAGCCGCGGCAGUACAAUUUGAAUCUGCGCCAGAUGCAGCAGGUUGCUAGGGUUCCGUACAAUGUCGUGGCCGGUGAUCACCACCGAAAAGAAUCGUCCUCGGCCAUAGCAGAUGGAAAUAUUAAGCGCGAGCUUUCUUCUGAAGUUGACGAGGACAUCCUCUUGAAUCUUGCUCAUCAGCACUACAAAUCUGGAAACUAUAAGCAUGCACUAACACAUAGCAAGAAUGUUUAUGAGAGAGAUCCACGUCGCACUGAUAACCUUCUUUUGUUGGGUGCAAUUUAUUUUCAGUUACGUGAUUUUGAUAUGUGCAUCGCAAAGAACGAAGAAGCUCUCCAAAUUAAUCCAAAUUUUGCGGAGUGCUAUGGAAAUAUGGCCAAUGCUUGGAAGGAGAAAGGCAAUAGUGAUGUUGCAAUUCGCUAUUACUUGAUUGCUAUUGAGCUUCGCCCUAAUUUUUCUGAUGCAUGGUCAAACUUAGCUAGUGCUUACAUGCGGAAAGGAAGGCUUAAUGAGGCAGCUCAAUGUUGCCGUCAGGCUCUUGAGUUGAAUCCUUCUUUGGUUGAUGCUCAUAGUAACCUUGGAAAUCUGAUGAAAGUUCAAGGAUUAAUGCAAGAUGCGUACAAUUGCUAUAUCGAGGCUCUCCGCAUACAACCUACUUUUGCUGUUGCAUGGUCCAAUCUUGCUGGCCUUUUCAUGGAUGCAGGUGAUCUUAACAAGGCUCUGCAGUACUACAAGGAAGCAGUCAAGUUGGAACCUAACUUCUCAGAUGCCUAUCUGAAUUUGGGAAAUGUUUACAAGGCUUUGGGAAUGCCUCAAGAUGCUAUUGUUUGUUAUCAACGUGCUCUGCAAUCACGACCUGACUAUGCUAUGGCUUUUGGCAACUUGGCUAGUAUAUACUAUGAGCAAAGCAACCUUGAUAUGGCAAUAGUCCACUACAAGCGAGCUAUUGCUUGUGAUGCUGGAUUUUUGGAGGCAUACAAUAACCUGGGUAAUGCAUUGAAAGAUUCUGGAAGAGUUGAGGAAGCAAUCAACUGCUAUCGCCAAUGCUUGUCUCUUCAACCUAGUCAUCCUCAAGCACUCACCAAUCUUGGAAAUAUUUAUAUGGAGUGGAACAUGAUGAAUGCUGCUGCUCAAUGCUACAAGGCAACUUUAUCCGUCACGACAGGGCUCUCUGCUCCUUUUAGCAACUUAGCUAUAAUAUAUAAACAACAGGGUAAUUAUGGGGAUGCUAUAUCUUGCUACAAUGAGGUCCUCAGAAUUGAUCCAAUGGCAGCAGAUGGUCUUGUUAAUCGAGGUAACACUUACAAGGAAAUUGGAAGAGUUAAUGAGGCAAUUCAAGACUAUGUACAUGCUAUUGCCGUCCGGCCAACCAUGGCCGAGGCACAUGCAAAUUUGGCUUCAGCUUAUAAGGACAGUGGUCUUGUGGAGGCAGCCAUUAAAAGCUACAAUCAUGCAUUGAUGCUGCGUCCUGACUUUCCAGAAGCAACCUGUAACCUUCUUCACACUUUACAGUGUGUUUGCAACUGGGAUGAUCGGGAGAAGAUGUUUAUUGACGUUGAAGGGAUACUUCGGAGACAGAUUAAGAUGUCAGUUAUCCCAAGUGUGCAGCCUUUCCAUGCAAUAGCUUAUCCUCUUGACCCCAUGCUUGCUCUUGAAAUUAGUCGCAAGUAUGCUGCACACUGUUCAGUAAUAGCAGCCCGUUUUUCACUUCCUCCUUUUAAGCAUCCCCCUCCAUUACCAAUAAAGGGUGGGGGCAGGAAUGACCGGUUGAGGGUUGGAUAUGUGAGCAGUGACUUUGGUAACCACCCCCUGUCACACCUCAUGGGCUCAAUAUUUGGCAUGCAUGACAAAGGAAAUGUUGAGGUGUUCUGCUAUGCUUUAAGUCCAAAUGAUGGUACUGAAUGGAGGCUCCGAAUCCAGUCAGAAGCUGAGCACUUUUUAGACGUGUCAUCUAUGUCUUCUGAUAUGAUUGCAAGGUUGAUUAAUGAGGAUCAAAUACAAAUUCUCAUUAACUUAAAUGGUUACACUAAGGGGGCAAGAAAUGAAAUAUUUGCAAUGCAGCCUGCUCCAAUUCAGGUUUCAUAUAUGGGAUUUCCUGGAACCACAGGGGCAACCUACAUACAUUAUUUGGUCACUGAUGAGUUUGUUUCGCCUAUGCAGUACUCCAAUAUAUAUUCUGAGAAGCUUGUUCAUCUUCCACAUUGCUAUUUUGUAAAUGAUUAUAAACAGAAAAAUCAAGAUGUACUAGACCCAAAUUGCCAACAUAAGCGAUCAGAUUAUGGACUGCCAGAGGACAAAUUUAUAUUUGCUUGUUUCAAUCAGCUUUACAAGAUGGACCCUGAGAUAUUUAUUACCUGGUGCAACAUUCUUAAACGUGUGCCAAAUAGUGCACUUUGGCUUCUUAGAUUUCCAGCUGCAGGGGAGAUGAGGCUUCGUGCAUAUGCUGCUGCACAGGGUGUGCAACUGAACCAAAUAAUUUUCACUGAUGUAGCAAUGAAACAGGAACACAUCCGACGUAGUGCAUUAGCAGACCUCUUUCUUGACACGCCACUGUGCAAUGCACAUACCACUGGAACGGAUAUUUUAUGGGCAGGUCUGCCAAUGAUUACCCUUCCCCUUGAGAAAAUGGCAACCAGAGUCGCUGGUUCACUGUGUUUGGCUACAGGAGUUGGGGAAGAGAUGAUUGCCAGUAGUAUGAAAGAUUAUGAAGAGAAGGCAGUAUCACUGGCACUGAAUCGCACGAAACUCCAAGAUCUUACUAACAGGCUCAAGGCCGCACGUUUAACUUGCCCUCUAUUUGAUACAGCACGCUGGGUGAGGAAUUUGGAGCGUUCUUAUUUCAAGAUGUGGAAUCUCUACUGCUCCGGUCAACAUCCCCAGCCCUUCAAAGUGACUGAGAGUGACUCAGAAUUUCCUUACGACAGGUAGAAGUAGAACGGUAAGUGGAAAACGAGAUUGUAGAUAAAGCAAAGAGAAUAUAUAAGUAUUAUUUGAAGGUUAGAAUGGUUGUGUAUGGAUGAUACAAUAGAGCUCGCUCGCUUUCUCUGUAUAUAUGACAGCGUGAGCCGUGAAGUUUCAUAUGUUUGGUUAAAGAUAAGAGUUCUUAUUCAACAUAACAUUGUUUUCUUGCAUUAUCUCGAGUAUCUGUGCUUGACUUUGUUA